AAAAAAGAUAACAUGUUGUGUUUCAUUUUUUUGUCAUUUCGUGAAAGUGAAAAAACAUUCAAUUACGUGUUGGUCCAUAAAAUAAAGACUUUUACAUAUAUAUCUCUAUGAAAUCAAGAGCUAAUUAAAAGUGCGUGUGCUAUUCUUGAAAACAUAUUACUCGAAACCAACAAUAUGUCUUGUACAAAUAUAAUAAACAAAAGUCUCUGGUAGCUUCUGUGCAAAAUAAUAAAAAGAUAUUUCCGCACAUAAUCCUUGUAAAUUAAAAAAAUAACUUAAGUUAAUAGUAAUAAUUAUCUGUGUUGAAGAAUAAGAACGCAUUCAAUUCAACAAAACGGUAUCUUCCUAAGUGUAUCGUAGUCUCUAGAUAUUUAUGAUUACAAAUGACAAUGGGUGUUGUGAUUCAAGAUAAUCAGGCUGUCUAAAGAGUAUGGAGAGGUUGUCGCAUGAUUUCAACCUGGCUCUAGAAGAAAGUAACUGCGGCCGGCAGGAGAGGCGGAAACUAGGGCUCCGAAGGCGCACUAGAUCUGCAGGCAACCUGCCGGCUGCAGUAGCUGUGAGUUUAGUGGAAGAUGGAAGUUCAAGUAGUCCGCCACAGGCACCAUUGAUAACUCAGCCAUUAUCGGACUCUGAUGAUCCUCAUCUCAGCUUGCACAAAUCCACUAGCCUGAAAUCGAGGCAGUAUUGCCAGAUAGGGAACUUUGAAUCCGAUUCCUUCAAUGAGAACUUCUCCCCAACUAGGCCUGCCAAUGCCAGGAGGAAAAGGAAAUAUAAAAAGAUGCCUGUAGAGUAUACAGAUGGAAAAAGAUCUCCUCCCGUUGAGAUUUUGAGUGUCACUACCGAGUCCAAUGCCAUACCAACUACAAUUGUCCUACAAACUCAGGGCUUGACUUCGAUUCCACACCUGAGCAAACAUAAACAAGAAAGGAAUGCUUUUUGUGGCAAAAGAAAAUGGUCUCACAGGGAUAAGGGAGAUGUGUGUGAAAUGAGAGAGAGGUCAUUUAGUGGUGGUUGUUCAUCCAAAUCAACAUUUUUCAAAAAUGAUAUCAAAUGUAAAAGAUAUGACAGUGAAAAGAAAAGAAAGGACGCUGUUUUACAACCAGGGAAAAUCAUACUAAAAUCCCAAAAUGUUGAAGGCACAAAGUCAUCCCUAUUUUCUAACACACCUUCUUUGCCCGGUAGUUCCAGUUUCAAUUUCGUCUACAAAAACUUAUCGAAAAACGGGACACCAACACUUUCCAAAAUAACUGGAUAUAAAGUAACCACUGACUUGCCACCGGUUUUCAACCCUACAACAAGCACAGGCAAGUAUCAUAGAAAAUUUAAGAUGUUCAAUAAAAGUCAUCCACCCAACUCUUUAAGGAAUCCAUUGCAGUUUGAAGACUCAAAUAGUGGAAUGGACUGUGCAGGGAAUGAAUCGAGCUCUUUAAGUAGUAGUGAUUCUGACGGAGUUAUAACUAAUGAUAGUGAUAGAGAAGGAGAUGAUGAACUAACUGACUGGCCUGGAAUUGAAGAGCUAAAAGUCUUUAAUAAGAGUCUGACUUUCAAGUCAUCCAAAUCUGUCAGCAACAACAAUAACUCUCCCAGUUCCAUGACUAUGCCUCCACCAAAGAGGCUAAAAAAAGAAAAACUCCUUGUCAAAAGUGGAUGGGCUAGUUGUAAGAACAGAUUCAAAAAGAAGAGAGUCAAAGUUGAUUCAGGUAAUGAUGAUGAUGCAAUGAUGUCAGAUUCAAAGACUAUUGUGGACUUGGAAGACGAGAUAAUUUGUAAGGAAAAUCGAGACAUUUUGCAGCCCCACUCGUCUUUUUCUAGUUUUAGCGAUAUAAAGAACGCCGGUGUGUCAGGGCAGAACGCGAACGAGUCAUUUUUUCAAUCUUUCCAGGCGUUUCAGAAGAGGUCGGCGCAGCAGGAUGAAGUUUUCAGUCAGACGCCGAGAACAAACUUUUCGUUACAGAAAACUUCAUCGAGUGAUUUAAACGUGAGCGAGAGAUCGCCACAAAGCGAUCAUUAUUUCAGUGAGCAUUCCAUGGGGCAGGGAGUGACGGAAGUCAGGGAGAUAAGGGCCGGUUGUCGGCGAAUAAGAGAGGAGAGGCCAGGGUUUCUUAUUUUGAGUGCGGCUAAUGAGCAACUGUCCAAAUUCCUGCAAGAUUCUUGCCAAAGUGAGCUGAAGUUGCCCAGCUUUCAUGAUCCUGGUGAGAAGGAAAAGCUGGAGUCUCUAGCCAAGUUAUACUCUCUGAAAUUGCAAGUUGAAAUGGGCAGGCCCAUUCUUAGAAAAACAAGCAAUACAAUGCAAGCAGUCCGAGUAGAACAUUCCUACCAUAACUUUCCCACCGAUCACAAGCGUCGUUGCUAUGGAGAUGAUGCAGAUUCGAGUCUCAGUCUCAGCGAUAAUUCUGUAAAUUCCAUUAAUGAUCUAGAAGACCGCGAUCAUAUUUGUAUGAAGCCGCAAUCUACCACUGAUAUGGUGGCCCAAGACUUAGUGGAAUCAUUUUCAAAUACUCAUGUUGAUAAAUCGCUGUUGGACCCAGGUGAAGUUGAUUAAACCUACUUUUUUCCUAAGAAAAUUCUUUAAUAAUACGUACUUAUUGCAUAUUUUCAUUUGAUUGUUGCUACAAACGAGUUUAUGAAUUCCAGUUUUAAAUUUUGUUCGUGAAUAGUAAACAUUGCAUAGGCAAAUGAAGUUUUAACUGUAUCAAUAUAGAGCAUAUUUUUGUUAAUUUUUAUUAAUAGUAUGAGUUGUAUAGUAAUGGACUUGAGAAUCAUCAUUAUAAAAAAAUAUGGUUAGUGUCUAUUCUCAGUAGACACUAGCAUAUUCUAUAGUUGCAUUAUAACAUUCUUACAUUAAACAAACAUUGUGACUGAAAAACUGCUACUUAUAGUAUUUGCCAUGAUUUAUUGGUUUGUUAACUUUGUUGUUUUCCUGUCAUGAUUGAGAAAUAGUACUCGUAGAUAUCUAUCUAAACAAAAAACCUAAAUGAACUGAGCUUUUUAAGAUAUAGAAGACUGCGACCUUUGAAUUACAUAUGAAAUUUAAAUUAGAAUACUGACAUUAUAUUACCUAUUUCAUCAAUGUAUUAGAAGCCAUAAGACAAUUGCAUCAUUCUUAUAUUAUAUGAUAAUAUAAUUAUUACCCCUAUAUGUAAUGAAUUUCAAUGACGGAAUAUAUAAAUAAAUAUCAAAACCGUCUGAACACGACAUGUGCUUUGAAUGCGGGAAAACUUUUAUUAAAACAUUCUCGUUCGUGGAAGGUCAAUUUCCGAGUCAAAGAGCGUACCCACAUAUGGAAACAGGUAAUAAAUAAUGUAAGUGAUGUUAGGCUAUUAGACUGACCGCAAAUUAUUUUAAUACAAUACCGCUAUCAUAUAGCAGUUGCAACAAAGUUGCAUUUUGAAGUGGCCUAUUACUUACCAUGUAAUCAGUCAAUAUUAUUAAUUACUAUGUGCAUUAAGGUCAAUUCAUACCAGCGCAGAGUCGAAAUACAUCGAAGCGAAUUUUGGUAACGGUAACAUAGCUAAUUCAUAUUGACGACCUCCGUGGCCGAGUGGUUUGUAUGCCGGGUUUCAUGUUGUCGCCGACUCGAGAGGUCCCGGGUAUAUGUAUUUCUAUAUUAAUAUACUUAUAUAUGUACGGUAUAUGUAUUCCAUCCGUUACCCUAGUAUCCCAUAACACAAGUUUUACAGUGUUUACUUUGGGGCUAGGCUAAUUGGUGUGAGUGUUGGAAAUAUUCAUUAUUUAUAAUUCAACUUGAUAUUUCAUUUGUAUUAGAAUAGAGUGGGGCAGGCGGCUCUAAAAGUGUCCGUCUAGUAGAAAGAGAAAGAUGAAAGACCGCUAGCUAUCUCUCUCUCUCAUGUGACGUAUGCGCAGUCGUCUGUCCAAUAGUUGGUCCAAGCAUCACAUCCAAAUAGUAAGAUGCUUACGGUUACCAAUGCGCAUGCGCGAUUAGGGAGAGAAAGCUAGCGGCCUCACAUCUUCUUUCUCUUUCUAUUAGAGGGACACUUCCACUUGUAGUAGAGUCUAUAUCUCCCCUACUCUAUUCUUAUACCUCUAUGGUCGCAACUCCCGGGAACUGCUCAGUUUCUCUCUCUCCCAUACGAUGGAUCCGACACCCGCACGGUGAAUCCAUGGAUUGCUCGUUACAUAAUUGUAUUUUAUUUUUCAUAAUAUAUUAGUCGAUCUCUGAAUGUUUUAUAUAAGUUUGAAAUGGAGUGCCAUUUUUAUAAUGUCCAAGUGAAAUUAAUAAAAGAUUCGUAUCCUACAGUUACCAUGGAUAUCUUUAAAAUAAGUCUGCGUUAUAUUGAGGUUCGCACCUUUGCAACAAGUGUUGUUUAUGAUACCUGAAGGCUUUGCCAAGUGGAAAUCUUUUUUCUCUUAACAUUAAAGUUUACAAAUAAGUUGGUAUAGAACAACGAAAUAACCCAUAGUAACGAUUAUCUGUAGAAAACUUUUGAUGUAUUGUACGGAAAAAGGUUGUUUUGUCUACGGCGCCAUAAGCCGACUUCUUGUGUAUGAGCGAUUUCAAAAUAAGGCAAAAUGUUAAUGGUUUUUAUACUUUAAGGUCCCUCUUAUAUAAAACCUUAUCAAUACCUAUUUGAAAUGAUGUAUGUGCUAUGAAUUGUUAGUUGUUCCAUAGUUUUAUCGAAAAGACUAUUUAAUUGUAACUUUGUAUAUCAUGAUUAACACCUAGUAUUAAAGAAAUAUGUACGUUUAGAAUAACUUCUAUAUUUGUUUAAAAAUAUGAUAGUUUAAAAAUGAAUCAUGUUAUAAUAAUUAUGAUUUGAAUGGAAUAUUGUAUUAUAUUUAAACAAAAAUACAAAUUAUACUUUUAAAUUUAAAAAGGUCUGUUUUUUCAUAACCUUUUUUUCAUCUAAAGAAAAUAUUACUAGAUAAAAUUCCACGCGGACCAAGCAGCAGACGGGACUCGAACCCG